GCUGGCCAAACAGAUGUCACCAGGAUCCACGAGCAAUUUAAGCGAUUAUUCGACAUGAACGACCCGAAGAGGGGCGGGAGCUUUUACCUUCAGAGUAAAGUGCUAAGGGCACGAGAGAGGAUAGAGAUGGAGGUACGUGUUGCAGAAGAGGCGCGGCUUCGUGAGCAAGAGUUGAAAGAAGGGUGGAAGCCGAAAUUGUAUCGCGAUCGGUGAAUGAGCGAUGCCUUGGAAAUACACAGUGGCGGAUGGUAGCAGGAGGAUAAAGAGGCGCAGAAGUUUGGCAGGUUUCAUGCAAUAUGCAUCGGCAGAGUCCGCCUCAUCCUCAUCGACAGCACCGCCAAAGAACAGCUGAAAGCGACAAUCGAUUUGCGUGUAUGAGCGAUAACCACGUCGAAUCGGUCGAUCACACUGCCGAACUGUACCAUCACCAUCUUCCACAAAAGCCAUGUUUCGAGCAUCGCCUGCGUGCCUCAAUCGCGACUCUUCUUAUUGCAUUACUAGCGGCGGAGUUUCUGGGCGUCUAUUGGGCCAAACUGGCGGGCGACCUCGUUAGACGGAAGAAGGGAGGCUCUGGCGAAGUUUUUCUAUUCCUGCGACAACCAAUGUGGGGCCUACAUGUUUGGAAUAUCGCAUUGCCGCAAAAGCAAACCCUCAUUGCUUCUCGAUUGGAGUGCAAUUACAUGUACAAUUACUAGAUGCGCUGAUGACUGCCAUAUCAACCACAUUCUCAUGUGUCCUCAAAUGUUCCCGAGGACAGGCUCUCUGCCCGACUCAAGCGGACAAUCACGAUAUUCGUCUGGGAAAGGUCUCCUGGGAUAUUUGAUCACGCGCAUUCAGUCGAUGCUGGGGCUGCAGCUCGG